AUGGCUCCUGAUAUGGAUGAUGCAAGUGGGGAGUAUGAUUUGAAUGCUGAAAACCCCGCCACGCUGAGAGAAGAAGAAGGAGGCGAGGAAGUCGGAAGCGAAGAUGGUCGUAUGACUGAUUUAAUGAGAGAAACGCCGAAUGAAUUACACCCGGAGUUAGAGCUAGUUUCGAAGACUGUUACAACACCCGAAACCAUGAUAAACGACGAAGACCUACAAGGCGUAGAUUCGGCGACACGCGAUAUUGGAAUUGAAUCGCCGAUUACCAGAGAAGACAUAGAAGGAGAUUUCGCGGCUGCAACAACGGAAGAAGGCAUACAAGCAACGGUUUCCCAAGAUAGAACUGAUGAUGAAUUUGAUUCCGAGGAUGAAGAUUCCCAACCAGUUCAGCCAGAAAUGUUCUUUAAAGCAUCUGAGUACAUGAAGGGGUGUAAGAUUAUCAGUAGGUGUAGUGUGAGCCAAACAGUGACAUUGAUAGGGAAUUUACCAGAUGAAGUCUGUUGGUUCAGAAAUCACUCCCAGUUCAGGCAUAUAUUCCACAUGCCUAAGGAGAAAAACCACAUGACUCAAGGCAUGUGGAUGCUUUUGCUUCACAAAGCUCGUACGGAUAUGGAAAGGGAGUGUUGGUUUGUGGUUAAUGGAGUGCCUAUCCGGUAUGGGUUGAAAGAGCAUGCGUUGUUAACCGGAAUGGACUGCCAUGAAUACCUGUGUGGCUAUGAGGAGUUAGGAAGCUUAAAAUUUGUGUCAAGCAUGUUUGGGAUAUAUUCCUUUCUUCUACGUAUUGUUGAUGAUUUAAACGCUUGUGAGGACUUUCCCUGGGGACGUUAUUCAUUUGACGAGUGUAUGAAAGGGAUCCGAAAUAUGAUGAGGAAGUUGGAAGGCGGUUUCAAACCAAAAGCGCAACCUACCUUUUUCGGAUUCAUUGUUCCUCUAGAGAUUUUGGCGUUUGAAUGUAUUCCACAACUGGGGAGGAAAUUUAGUGUUGAUGUACCCGCAGAGGAGGACUGUCCACAGAUGUGUAAACACAAAUUCACUGACAGUUCAACGAAGGGGUUUCCUUUGGAUGAAAUAUAUGAAGAGCUUGGAGAUAGUAAGAUCAUUACAAGAAUCUUGGAACCCGACGGUAUUGGUGAAAAGUCUUUGUUGCAUUGUAUCGUAGAUGAUUAUUCUGAUGAUGGGAUUGGUUUUAUCGAUCCAAUGGUUGAUUGCUGGAGAGAACGUCUAGCCAUAAAGAAGAAGAGGAUAUGGUGGGAAAAUCUGUACGAGUUGGACUUACGCUCUCGUAUAGUAGGCUUAACUGCUGAUGAAUUCCCGGAUAAUGGUAAAGAAUGUCCUGAAACUGAAAUUGACCACGGUGAAAACGUAGCUGGGAUUGAGGCAUAUAUUAGGUCACUAAAAGAGACAAUGACUAAGGGCUUUGAGAACUUGGUGGAUAAGCUGGAAAAAGGAGAUGAUGAUGGGAUACAGUUUGGAACACCAAUGGAUUUUGGUCCGACUGUACAGACUCCGACUAAUCAUCCAACGACUUUGGUUGUAUAUAGUGGAAUCCUCGACAAAACUGGUCCGAAUAAUGCGGACAGUGAGAACCGGAAGAAGAUGGAGAAUGAAAACAAGGAAGAGAUAGAGGUUGAGGAUGAGGUCCCGGAGAAAGAGCCGGAGAAGCAGAAGCAGAGGAAGACGAAGAAGGACAAGAAGGUCAGGUGUGAAGAAGAUAAUGUAUCCUUGAAGCAAGUUUGA